AAACUUUAGACAUUGCCGUACUUGAUUUAGUUUUAAACUGCUCAGCUAGCGGAGUAGAGCAGAGAAGUGCUUAACAUGCUGUAGUCUGCAAUCCAAGAUUGUUGUUUCUGGGCUGGAUUCAUUCGUGCAAAUUGUUGAGGAUAUAAUUGAAACAAGGCUUUGGUGUGUGUUCAGUUCAGCAGCCAGCUGCAGCAGUUUAUGUCUUUGAAAGGUAUCGCACCUUCGUAACUUUUUACUGAGGAAUUUCACUAUUCAGAAGCCGGUGGUUUUAGCUGCGCUCACCCUGCAGAGGUUGUCAACUUCACAGGCUGACAGCGUUUAGUUCAGCCUUGAGUGGAAUGUUGCUUGUCACUACAGCUGUUUCGGAUAUCUUCAGCUACUAAUGAUUGUAAUAACAGAACAGGGUACUGAGCAGUUGUUUUGGUGUUGCUGCUCAAGUGCACUUCGCCAUGCAUCUUGCUCACUCAAAGGAUUAGAAAAGAAGACAAAUGGCACGGAGACUCCGUUUGCAUUUUGCAACAAGAAGAAGCAAUACGGACCCUUUGUCGGAGACUUGUGGCAGUGAUGUGGAAAAUUAUGUUUCUGUGUCAUCCCAGAGACCUACUGAAGUGCAUAAUAUUAUCCAGAUGAAAGUAACUUCACCACUGCGCUCAUUGCCUCCCUUGUCGCCAGACCUGCGGCAGACGUCAUUAUUUAUAUCAAAGGUGAACAACAGUAAGAAGAGCACGUCUUUACAAAUUUCUCUCCAGGCUUCAAAAUGCAGUGGAGACCUUGAGACUGGAGCAUAUGUGAUUCCGAGGGAUAGAGAGAAGCCGGUUAUCUCAGAGACUUGCAAUUUAGGCACAAGAGACCAUCACAGGGAUGCUUGCUACUGUCCUAGCAGUACCCCAGAAGAAGAAAACUCCAACAGAUUUCCUGCCUCUGCAGGUCUGUCUUGUAAUGCUUCGAGCAUCCCCGAUUUAAGGUCAUGCACAGAUGACAGAGGUGAGAGUGCAAGAACCAAAGAUGAUGUUGCUGGUGAUUUUGCAUCACUUGGAAACCCAAGUAAUGAUGGAGGUUCAUGUAGCAGUAGCAAUGCAAGUGAUGCAGGGUACUGCAGCAGUAGCAGCAUUUAUUUUGAUCCUGAAUUCCUUGAGCGGCCACCAGCCGCAGAAAUUAUUCCAGCAAGGAGAAGGGCAAAGGUGCCACUGAGACGUUGUUCUUCUCUGGUCAUUUUUCCUCGGAGUCCUUGCAGCACUCCACCCACAUCCCCAGUUAGCCCAGGGCCUACACAAUCGCACGCUUCCUAUCAAACCUCACAUCAGUUCUGUCUUUCUGAAGUGGAUCCUUCACAAGAAGAAGAGGAGGCAACAUCAAGAAGUGCUGUUGCUACCGCAGUCAAUGGCCUCCGUUUGUCAAAAAUUAGUUGUCCACCUGUAGAGCUCAGGGAUGUGAGGCCCCUUCAUUUGAAUGGGGCACCAGUGGAUAAAUCCUAUGGAACCAGCACCAGUCUGGACCAGCAAUCCAUUCGUGAGAGAUCUGAAAGGCACUCUAGUGUUUUAUUACAUUAUACUUCACCAAGGGCAGCUGCAUCCUCCAGUGGUACAAGAAGUCUCGAGCAUUAUGAGCUCCCUGUUAGUGAACCCAAAUGUGAAAAUCUGCAAGAGCAUUGUCAUCUAAAAUUAAUGAGGAGCACAUCUGCUUGUUUGCCAUCACAGCAAAACUCAGAUUAUCCCCUAACCAGUGUCAAAGAAAGGAACAGUAACCAAGCAAGAAAAAGCCACCACCAAGCCUUACAGAGAAGCCUUUCACUUGAGGUACCUUCUCAACAGAUUUCAUGGCAUUUACCAUAUCUCAAGAAAUACAGCUGUGGAGCACCUAGAGUACAUAUUCGUUUGUCUCCAGGAAAUGAAGGAAGGGUUUGUGGUUCUGUAAAGGAAAUAAAAAGGAACUCUGAAUGUGAAAAGAUAAAAAUAGAUAUUGGACAGGAUUGUAAGACAAGAGAUGAUUUUCUUGGACAGGUUGAUGUUCCUCUUCACCAUUUGCCUACUGAAAAUCCCAAUAGUGAAAGACCGUACACAUUUAAGGAUUUUCUUCUUCACCCACGAAGUCACAAAUCCAGGGUGAAAGGUCAUCUUAGACUUAAAAUGACAUACCUUCCAAAAGGAAAUGGAUCAGAAGAAGAUAACACGGAGCCGACAGAUGAUUUGGAGUCUGGCUGGGAAAUCUUAGAUCUGCAAGACACAACUGGAAGACGUCAUCUACUUCCUGCACUCCCUGCAGGCUGGGAAGAAAGACAGGAUAACUUGGGCAGAACCUACUAUGUCAACCAUGAGACUCGGACCACGCAGUGGCAGAGACCCACAUUUCAAGACAGUCAAGCAGAGGUGGAACAUAGACGGACUAUCCACCUUGAAGCACAGCACGCGUUUACGACACGAAGGCAAAUCUCAGAAGACACUGAGAGUCAUGACAGAAGAGACUCUCCUGAUAGCUGGGAGAUCAUCACAGGAGAGGAAACAGCAAUGAGCAACACUCAUAAUCAGUUGUCCCCUCCACCCCCACACUCUCCAAAUGAGCACUUUUGUGACAUCCAGUCUUGCCUUGCGAGUGAACUAAGUCGGAGUCUUCAGACAUCUGGAAACAUAAGCGAGAGGCGUACCUCCAUCACACAUCCAAGUCAUUCAAGCCGAAGAGGAAGUGCGCAGGCAACUGCAUAUGAAGAGCAUCCAGCUCUUCCAGUGCUGUUGCCAGCAUCAACAGGACUACCACCAGGAUGGGAGGAGAAGCAGGACAGCAAGGGAAGAAUUUAUUAUGUUAAUCAUAACAACAGGACCACCACAUGGACCCGUCCAGUGAUUCAGAGUUCUCCAGAUGCCUCACCUCAGCACUCUCCAGGCCAAAAAACUACAUAUGAAAGUGGAUUCCUUCCGCCAGGCUGGGAAAUGAGGAGUGCACCAAAUGGCAGGCCUUUCUUUAUCGAUCAUAAUACAAAGUCAACUACAUGGGAAGAUCCAAGAUUCAAAAUACCAGUUCAUAUGAGAAGGCGGCCUUCUUUGGAUCCCGCAGACCUUGGGCCACUCCCAGCUGGUUGGGAAGAAAGAGUUCAUACAGAUGGACGAAUAUUCUACAUUGAUCACAACACCAAAACUACUCAGUGGGAAGACCCAAGAUUACAGAAUGCUGCAAUAACAGGACCAGCUGUGCCUUAUUCCAGGGAUUACAAACAAAAGUAUGAGUACUUCAGGAAAAAACUGAAGAAACCGACUGAUAUUCCUAACCGAUUUGAAAUGAAGCUGCGACGUAAUGCUCUCCUUGAAGACUCCUAUAGAAGAAUACUAUCCGUAAAAAGACCAGAUUUCCUGAAAGCCCGUUUGUGGAUUGAAUUUGAGAAUGAAAAAGGCCUGGAUUAUGGAGGAGUUGCCAGAGAAUGGUUCUUUCUUAUUUCCAAAGAAAUGUUUAAUCCAUAUUAUGGGUUAUUUGAAUAUUCUGCAACUGAUAACUACACACUGCAGAUUAACCCCAACUCUGGAUUGUGCAAUGAAGAUCACUUGUCUUAUUUCAAGUUUAUUGGACGUGUUGCAGGAAUGGCAGUUUACCAUGGCAAGCUACUGGAUGCCUUCUUCAUUCGACCUUUCUACAAGAUGAUGUUGCAGAAGCCAAUAACACUUCAGGACAUGGAAUCUGUGGACAGUGAAUACUUCAAUUCACUAAAAUGGAUUCUAGAGAAUGAUCCCAAAGACCUUGACUUGAGGUUUACAGUUGAUGAAGAGCUGUUUGGACAGACUCAUCAACAUGAACUAACUAUUGGUGGAACAGAUAUUGUUGUAACAAAUAACAAUAAGAAAGAAUACAUUCACUUGGUAAUACAAUGGCGCUUUGUAAACAGAAUUCUGAAGCAGAUGACUGCCUUCAAGGAGGGCUUUUAUGAGCUGAUACCUCAGGAUCUUAUCAAAAUAUUUGAUGAAAAUGAAUUAGAGUUAUUGAUGUGUGGACUUGGAGAUGUGGAUGUCAAUGACUGGAGAGAAAAUACGAAAUACAAAAAUGGAUAUUGUGCAACACAGCCAGUGAUACAGUGGUUUUGGAAGACAGUGCUACUUAUGGAUGCAGAAAAGCGCAUCAGAUUGCUGCAGUUUGUUACUGGAACAUCUCGUGUGCCCAUGAAUGGAUUUGCAGAAUUGUAUGGGUCAAAUGGACCACAGUUAUUUACAAUUGAGCAGUGGGGAACACCUGACAAAUUGCCAAGAGCCCACACGUGCUUUAACCGUUUGGAUCUGCCACCUUAUGAGUCAUUUGAAGACUUGAGGGAGAAGUUACACAUGGCAAUUGAAAAUGCCCAAGGAUUUGAUGGAGUUGAUUAAAAGAAUGUUUUUUUGCAAGCAAAUUCUAAACUUAUCCACUGGUCAUGCACCUUCCAUUGUGGCAGAUAAAGAAAAACCCACAAAAAUGAAGAUUAAGAACCUUUAUGGAUAUUUGAGACAUGGGGGUAAAAAAAAAAAAAGCAAAAACAAAACUGCACUUUUUUUUCCACAUUCUACAGAUAAUGUCCCAUAAAUUGUUCUAGGAGCAAGUAACUUAUUUUUGUAGGAGGAAAUGGCUAAUUCCAUUGUUAAGUUACAAAAAUGCUUAUAUUUAUAUUGCACUUAAUUGUAAGUUUACGGUUAUUUAAAGAAACUUGAAGUUGUUAAGACAGUCUAAAGCACAGUGCUAUACAAAGUUUUUAAAAUAUGAAUGAUUAAUGUUGACUGUUUUUACUGCUGUGUUUGCCUCAGUUCUCAGCUGUUGAACAGCCAGGCAGAAAGUUACGAAGCAAAGUAAAGUGGCAUUCACCUUGCAUUACACCACACGUUAUAAUUUCUAGAACAGAUCCUUACGAUCUUCACAUAGAAAGAUUGAUGUUCCCCUCAUAUUUUCUUUUUUUUUUUUUUUUUGCCAGGGAAAUGCAGACAUGAUUGGAACACACUAUUGUCUACCUCACUUUUCUAAUAAAUUUUGAAGGAAGGGGUCCAUCAAAACCAUUAUCAUCACCGCUAAUUUGCAUUUCUAGGAUUAAAGUUGGUAGCCUGACCUAAUUAGGAUUCUGUUCAAAGAAUAUCUUGAACUGGGUAACCUGGUGAGUCCAGUGUUGCAGCUUCUAAGAUUCUUCAGCACAAUUUCAAGACAGUGGCUUUAAGGACUUUGUCAUUGACCUGCUGGCAUUCCAGUUGAGUCUUUAAUUAACUUUAGUGUUGUAUUCCUGAAAGCGACGUCAUAAAAGUAAAAUCAUUAUUUUCUAUUAUUGAAACUCAAUAUAAUAAAAAAAAAGGCAUGAGGGGAUUAUAUAGAAAUACCGAAUUAAAGAUUGCUGUGCACACUUCAAUAAGAACAUUAUAAAUAAAUGCUGUAAGUGUAUUUUUGUAUGCAUGUAAAUUAAGAACACUGAUUUAAAAAGAACUGUGAUGGCCAAACACACAACAGUGAUAUUUUCUGAGCUCAUCAGAAACCUUCUAAAGUAUUAAGUCUUUUACCUGCACAGGAAGUGCUUCUGCAGAAGUGGAGCUUUCAAUUUCAUUGUACAUUUUUAAUUUAGUGAUGUUGCAAAACUUGUAUAAUGGAGUGUUUCCUGGAAAAGGGUCCAGUCUGUGCAGAGAGACAUCUUUCUGUUUAUAUUCCAAUGUGAGUUCUGACUUUGUAUGCUGUGGACUGAUACUUAAUCAGUGACAUUGAAGUGUCACACAUAAUGUGUUGUAAUCUAAAGCAAAAAAAGGAGAAAUCAGAACUAAUUAAUGUAUACAAAUUGUGAUAUAUUAAUACAUAUUCUUUCUGCACUGGUAUUUUAUUCAGUGCACUGUAGGAUGCAGUUUAAACUUUUUCAUGCAUUUAGACAGUUUUUGUUUGUUUACAUAUUGCAUAAGGCUUAGUAAAUGGCAUAGCACUUCAGUAUUAACCCGAUAUUUUGCAAGUAGGACAAAGCAAUUUUUAAAAAUGCUGUUUACUGGGUAGUCGAGUCUCAAUUUCCCUGAAGAUCUCAUUAUUUGCAGAAGUUUUAAAAACCUCCUAAUUGAUACUAUUUAUAUUUACACUUGAUUUUUCUUUUGAACAAUAUUUUUCUAAGUGUACUUUGGAGCCGCAGCCCAUUUAAGCCUCACAGCACCAAACGCCUUUAUGUAGUUUGCUCUUUUUGUACAAUUUCAGAUUAGUGGUUGCAGUUUUAGCUGUGUGAAAUUAAACCAUUCAUGUUUAGACUUGAAUCACAAUUAGUCUGCAAACAUUUUGAAUUAAGCACCAUUCCCAAAGCCAACCAAUGGCCUAAUUGCUGUAUUUUUUAAUAUGUUAUUAAAAAAAAAUACAGAUUAUCAUGUAACAAACCUCUCAAUGGAGAUAACUGCCAGCAGCCCUUUAUCACAUAAUGAAGAGCAUGUAUGAAAGAUUACUUGUUUUCCAACCAUAGCCUACAGCAGUGCCUUCUGGGAGAUGCAAUCUUUGUGACUUAUUUUCAAAAUUAAAGUACAUCUUGCUUUGAGAUUUUACUAGAAGAAUAAGGACAGUGUAGUGUACAUAUUUUUACAGUUGAGCAAAUCUUACAUUUCUGUGUUUAGCUCUUGUGAAUUGAAUUGCUCUUUAAUUUUUUUAAUCUGAUACUUAUAUUUGUUAUUCCUAUGAGAUGAAUAUGUCAAGUCUUACCUUGCCCAGGUUACACUGUGCUUGUAUAAAUCAGAAAUAAUCGAGAGUUAGAGAAGAAGGCUCAUUUCAGCUUUAUGCUCUGUAUCGUCCAGAGUGAAAUGUUUGUUUUUAGCAACAUAGAAUAAGAAAGUGCUUACCAGAUUCUCUUUAAAUGGAUGAGCAUUUAACUUUGAGUCAGAGAGACACUGACAUUUGACUUACCAACAAUGUAUGAACAUCUUUUAGAAUUGUGAGGUAGUUUCUGCAAAGGCUAAACAAAUUGGCACAGAGCAAAAGAAAAGCUGUAUGGCAGUGCAGCACCUUGGAAGAGAAAAAUAAAAAGAGUGGCUGUGAAAUGGCUGCUACGUUACAGCAGUCUGCCAGUUCCUACGCACUACUGUCUUUGAAUUUUUGCUUUCCAAGUCCCCAUUAUACCUUUUGACCACCUUUCUUCACAAAAUGUUUUUACUACCCAUACUGAAAUCAGCUGCAAACUUGUAUUGUUAAUGUAUGAACCAGCAUCACAAUUUACAUCAGAUUUCCCAACUUCCUUAUCUUCUGGGUAGAAAAGUAAUACUCAAAUUAUUAUUAUUUUUUACUAAAUUAGAGGUAUCCUCCAGUGUCAAAAUCUGAUAUUUUCUGAAUUACAAGUUGGCACUUGAAUGUCCUGCUUUUCACGGAGUCCCAAAUAUUCAAUAAACUAGCUUUUAAAUUAGCCGAACACUAGUGUGUCACUGCUCAGUAUCCAGAAGGUCCAGAACUGCCUAGAGACUAUGUGUCCCACCAAAGUAUUCCAGACCUGUAAAAAAUCUCUGGGAAUGCCACUGUACUGUGUUUGAGUUGUGUUCCUUCCUCUGACUCCCUACUCUUUUAAUGCUAUACUGUUUUAUGAACCUUUCCUUGUUACCUUAAUUGCAUUACAAUAUCUGGUUUAGGUUAAGCUUGUCUUUUAAUGCUGCCCUGUAAUUUUAAAAAUGACUUUUUUUAAAAUGUUUUUUUAGCCAAAAUUACCCCAAACAUUUUUGCAAUGUCACCCCGACUCUCUUAACAGGCAAUCCAGUGAUUCAUAGUUUUAGUCCCCACCACUGACCCCCUGCAUUACCCUCCGUGAGUCUUUUAACUAUCCAGUGCUCAACAUUAUAGAUAUACAGAUGUUGUAUAACAAGAAUGUGCCUUAAGAUGGUAUUAAAGUUAAGGUAAUCUAUAAAAUGAUGAUGUAUUGUGUUCAUACAGAUCUUUGGCUGUUUACAUUUUGUCCACAAAUUAACAUAUUAAAAUGAUAAGCCGAAUGCUGUUAAUGAAGACUUAGAAAUAGACUUUUAUACUGUACAUCCAUUUAGUUAAUUUUAUGUUGCUGUAUUACUCUGCUGUGCUGGCGCUGUUCCCUGCCUUGCUGCCCCCCAGACUAUGACAUUUAUUAAGAGAAUCUGAGAAUGUUCUUGCUAUAUUGUCCAUUCCUUUAGUAUUUAUCACAAUGUUUUUCUGAAUUUAAACACUGCAUUAGGCUGAUUAUAGUUGAAUUGUACGUUCAGUCACCUCAUCUGAUCCUGAACUUACUGUUUAUUCAUUGUCCAUUUAACCAAUCGCCUUAUUACAUUACAGGUUUGUAAGGACACUUGUACACAUCCAUAUUUGGUCAUACUAAGUCAAUUCAGAGUCACCAUUCGACAAAAUCAUUGUCCCUUCAACAGCUGUUGCACAUACCUAACAAUACUUCCAGAAUCUCUACAUCCUGUAUUCAUGUUUUUUUCCAUUUUUGUACUUCAGGGUGGGGGCUGGCAGGAAUCAACAGGUCCUCACAGAGUACACUUACUCACACCCACUUAUACUCCAAACUGAACUGCAUGCCCUUGGCAUGUGGGAGGGGAGCAGAGUAACCAAAGCGAAGCCACACGCGGGCAUGGUGACAGUGUGGAAACUCCAGACAGACAGUGACCUUGACCAAUCAAGUCAAAGCCCAAAAAAAUAACAUGAAGAAUAUCAUAAAAAAAGGUUAAAUGAAAUAUACAUUUGACAUGUGUUUGUCAGAACUGUUUCUGUAUUAUGUUUAAGUUAUCAUUUUUAUUCAUUUGUAGAAAACCUAUACUAGAACCCAUUUCUUCAUAUGCAUUUAAUGUUAAAACAGCCCUGUGAACAUGGGUCUGAUUUCUCACCAUUUUAUCAAUGGCAGAUUUCUAGUUGCUGCUGUUAGCAAUAAAUACAAAGCAGAUCUUAGAGAUGUGACUUGCCUAGGUAUGCCUAUUGGUCUUGUAGUCAUUUUAAGUAAUUAGUUGUUAUUUCAAAUUACACUUCAUCCUACGGAGACUCACCUAAAUCUUGGCCAUUUAUGUUUUUGCUGGGAAUAUGUUGGGAUUUAGGUAGAAUGAUUUACUUUCAAACUUUAAUAGCAAGGGUCUCUCAACAGUAUACGUUCUUUGAGCUUAGGAAAGGCACUAUAUAAAUAAACUGCAUUACUGUUUGUCAACAAGUUGUUGGCUGACCCCAGCAAUCUUUGUGUAGUAACCUGAAGUUCUUCCUUGAUGACAAAAGCCUUAGAAUUUCUAGCAUCAUGAGCAACAAGAGGAAGACAUUUUUGGUCCAUGCUGCUAUUCUUUUAUUUCCAGCUCUGUCCAUCCACUUUCAAAUCUAGUGUUGUGGGGACUUCAGGCACAAGACAGGGCCCAGCCUUGCUCACACCCACACUCGCCCCGCAUGGAGCUGCUUUACAGAUGUCAGUUGUACUGAUGGUAGAUGUUUAGAAUGUCGGAGAAAAGCAUAGAAAACACAGAGAGAACCUUCAUACACUGGCUACACUUUGGACCCAGCCUACCACUGUCAUUUUGUAGUGUUAGCCCUAUGCCAGUAUGAGUAACACAUAAUUGGUUUGCCAUGUCACCUGCAGGUGUCUCAAUUACAUUUUUAAAAUAAUCACUUCAUAAUGCGUUUAAGGUUUCUUAUUGUCCAUUUAUCUAGGCAUCGUGACACACUGUACUGCAAAUGCAGCAGCCUUUAUAAAGAUGAUGAUCUAAAAUUGAAUUUAUCACUUUAAAAUGUGUUGACUAUUAAGAAGAAAUACAGAAACAUUUUAAUAAUAAGCCACACAUUUUUGUAAUGAAUUAAUGCAUUGACUUAACUUACUAGGCGAGUCAGUCAUAGGCUGCUAGGUAUUUACAGAGUGAUAGUCGGAGACAACAAGUUGAUUUAAAGAUUAGAGACAUUUUCAGUAGGGACACAGAGUACACAUUGAAGCCCCUGCUGUAAGAAACCCAACUUUGCAAUCAUCAUUCAGCAUUAGGUGCAUGGACCCUGGUGACAAAUGUAACCACACAUUUUGACCUGCUGUGUGCUGUCACCUGCACACAUGAUAACUUCAUACUACUCUGUGCGACUCACUUAACCUGCCAGGGCUCACGUCCUACAAGUAUGGAAACAACUGAACUUUACUGUUAAAAUGUAUUUGUGUUUACUAUGAAAAAGAUAUAAAACCAAUCAGCACCUCGACCUUCUCACUUCACUGGCUGGUUUUGGCAUUGUAGAAAUGCAGAGACAAUUGAAGAGCUCAGUUCCAAAAUCAGCCAAGUACAAAAGAUACAUUUUGGAGUAUAAAUAGGAAAAUCUGGUUCCGUAAGCAGAUUUUGAAACUAAAUCCCUAAAACUAUAGCUCUACACUGUUGCAAUUAGGUUUUGAAGCUCAAACAUAUUUUCGGCGCAUGACCAACUGCAUAAAAAGUCACAAUCACGUGUUCACUAAAUUUUACCAAAAGGUGUAAUUUAGCAGAUUUUGGAACUCACAUCUUCAAUUGUAAACUGCUUUAGACAAAUACAUCAGCUAAGAAAAUAAAACACAACAACACAGUGCAGUUUUCCAGCCCAUUGCUGAUUUGGAUUGAGGUUUCUUUUUUAAGUUUCCCUUUGAGACCACUCUAAUGGCUAACCCUUUGUGACGUGUACACUGCGCUGCAUUGUCAAGAUUUUCAUUUUGAGCUGCACAUCAAAUCAGGUUUUUGCCUCCAGUAUGUUGUGGCACAUUUUUCUUGAAAACGUUUACAGUGUUUUAUAUGUUUACAAGCCAAACUCUAAACAGUAACAGCCUUCACGAUUGUUUUUGUUCCUUGGAUUACCUUCUCUUUUCCUUUUAACAAACAAUGCAUUUGAUCCCGCGCCUGCAAGCACUUUCUAUAUUUUAAACUUGUACUUCUUUAAUUUCUAAAUUAUUGUUUUUGUCUUAAAAAUACAUUUUGCAGAAUUACAGAUGUUUAUUUGGCGUAUUACUCUGUACAUUUUUGUAUCUACGAAAAAAAAAAAUGGAAAUAAAUACUUUUUUAUGUUAAAAUAAUAAUAAAAAGGAUUUAUCAUUAAACGAUUUCUAAAUGAGUGCUUUGAAUUUUACAUUUUCUGAUGGUAGACUGUUAAAUUGUGAUGCCUUUCAUGGUUGUACAUGCAUAUGUUUUUGUUUACAAAAAAAACGAGGGUCUUAAUAACGACAGUUUGAAAUUAUUUAGUCCUCUUUAAAGUUGAUCUGUACUGAGGAAAAGUGUUCAUGUGUUCGCACUUUUACCACCGUAUGUAAAGGAAUCUUAUGCAUCAUUGAGUCGCAGGACUGCUUUGUAUUUUUCAGCAUCUGGAAUAAUUCUGUAUUCCAUUCAAUUGUAUAAACUGAAGUUUUAUAAGCAUGCCAAAGUAAAAUGUGACAGAUAAUACUGAGGAAUAAGGAAAGAGCAAUUCAAAGAAUGACAAAAUAAAAACAAAUGAAAGCCA